AUCUGAUAGAGUCUCCUGCUUUCCAUUCUGACUUCCACUCAACUCAUCAAAACUUCUUACUUAUUCAAUAAUAUACUUCCUAAUAGUAGCCUGUGGUUUUCUUUCUGUUUUUGGUGUUCUUUAUUUGGGAAUCAGUACCAUAUUUGUGUCAUAAAAAGAGUUUAUCCUUUUGCAGUUCAAUUGCUGUAUCAUUGGAUAUCCAUGUAUUUAUUCAGUUUCUCAUGGUGGAAAGACUGUUGGACCUGGAGUCAAGAGAUGCUUGGAUUUCAAUUGUAUCUGAGGCUCAGUAUAUUCACAGGUCUCAUUCUUGGGAUUCAUGCCAUGAAUGCUGAGUGAUUAAUGAAUCAAAUAGCACUUAGGAAUGAGUUACAUGUGAAGUCUAUCAAGCUUCUUUAGAGUUGUGAUGACCUAAUUGGAUUCCAUGGCUAUUACCAACAAUGUGACUCAGUUAAUUUUUAUGGGGCUCUUCCAAGAUCGAGAAGCACAGAGAGUUUCAUUUAUUGUUUUUCUUCCCAUGUACAUGGCCACAAUGUUGGGCAAUGGCCUCAUCAUCUUGACUGUUAACACGAGCAAGAGUCUGAGCUCCCCCAUGUACUUCUUCCUCAGCCACCUCUCCUUAGUAGAGAUUUGUUACUCCUCUACUAUUGUUCCUAAAUUUAUUUCUGGCUUAUUGACUGAGAAUAAAACCAUCUCAUUGGAUGGCUGCAUGACCCAGAUCUUUUUUUUCCAUUUCUUUGGAGUUGCUGAGAUCCUCCUUCUCACAGUGAUGGCCUAUGACCGGUAUGUGGCCAUCUGCAAACCCCUGCAUUACAUGACCAUUAUGAACCGUCCUGUGUGCCAUAUGCUGGUGUUUAGCUCCUGGGUAGGAGGUAUGUUCCACUCUAUUAUUCAGAUUCUCAGCACUGUCCAAUUGCCCUUCUGUGGUCCUCAUGUGAUUGAUCACUAUUUCUGUGACCUCCAUCCCUUGUUCAAGCUUGCCUGUACUGAUACUUUUGUGGAAGGAAUUAUUGUGCUUGCCAAUAGUGGUUUAUUCUCUGUGAUUUCCUUUCUCUUCUUGAUUUCUUCUUAUGUUGUUAUCCUGGUUCACUUGAGAAACCAGUCAGCAGAGGGGAGGCGCAAGGCUCUCUCCACCUGUGCCUCCCACAUCACUGUUGUUCUCUUAUUCUUUGGUCCUGCCAUCUUUCUCUACUUGAGGCCCUCUUCUACUUUUACUGAAGACAAACUUGUGUCUGUAUUCUAUACAGUGGUUACGCCAAUGUUGAACCCCAUCAUCUAUACCUUGAGAAAUGCAGAAGUGAAGAAUGCUAUGAGGAGGUUGUGGGUCAAGAAUGUGAACUUGGGAGGGGAUUGAAAAUGAGCAUGUGAAGACAGUGUAUUGUGACUUUGUGGGUAUUGGGUCUUUAUAUUGUAUUUGAUUCAUGUUUGGAUACAGGAAAAUCCCCAUUAAACAUGAGAGAGGGAGAAUUAGACUAUAUAAUCGUAUGAUUGUAGUGCGCUGAGGAUUGAUAUGGUCCAGUGGUAAGAAUCUUUAGAUUUUUCUUUAGAAUCAAAAUAUCUAGGGUAGGGUCCUAACAUUGCCUCUGUCUAUUGGUCCCUGGUUCUUGAAUGUUUGAUAGCAGAAUUCAGCAUAUCAAAGGAUCAUUGGAGCCACCUUUCGUUUCAAUUCCCAAACAGCCCGGCCUCAGAUACACUUGGGCUGCCAGUAUUUUCAAGUUCUUCAUAGUAAGGUGUUCCCAAUUCCUUAAUCUUGAUUUAAUGAUAGUUUACACAAUGCUUAUCUUGGGAGAAACACCUUUCAAAGUAAAGAUAAUUUGUUUUUGAAAUAGAAAGAAUUUAGGGUGAAAUUGUCCCCCCAAACUACAUGGCCUCCUAACUCUGAGCUCUCAGUCUCACUGUUUGAGGGCAGUUUUUGCAUUUCAGGAGGUGCAAAUGAUUUGUGCAUCUGCAUUUUAGAUGCACAAUUUAUUUUAGAUUUAUAGGUGUGCUGGCUUAAGCUGAGCAAAAUGUACAACAUCUAUGUCUAGAAUAGCAUGUCUCAGAGAUACAGUGAUAUCAAUUGGACUCAGAAUUCCUUUCAUAAUUUCUAAAUUAAAACAAACUUCAUGUUCUUGUUUGCCAGAACAAGUGACCUUCCUCACACAGGUGAAUGAAGAAGAAAUAUUUUUAAAAAGUGCAUGUAUCACUGCCCUUAGAUCUUUCUUUUUCAUAAUUAACCUGCAAAUAGUUCCAACCAUUACUGUUCUUUUUAUUGCUACUCUGAGUGAAAGUAAAUGAUCUAUUCCAUUAUGAAUCUAUGCAUGUCAUCAAAUAGUGUGGUGCUUCAUGUCCCUUCACUCUCUUUGUCAAUACCCAUUUAACAAAUGACGACUCCCAAGGAAACUUCUUGGGGAAAGGAAAUCUUAAACCAAUCUAUUCUCUUGCCAAUUAUUCAUGGUCUGAUCUUCUUCUAGAAUGAAUCUCUUACAUCUACAGAUCAUUUUACAAUGGUUACAUUUAUCUGUUUCCCUUAGUAAUACUAAUAAAACUGCCAUAGGUCAUGCUUUAGUGUUUGCAAGGGGCUUUUGGAUCCCACCUCAGACACUUACUAGUUGCGUGUCUUGAGGAAGCACAUUAGCAUUUCUUAGCUUAAGUUUCUUCUGAAAGCAACAAUAAUGAGAGUAUCAAGUCACCAUGUUGUGAGAAUCAAGUGAGAUUUUAUAUAUGUUACAUAUAUUUAUAUACAGGCACUUUUCAAGUACUAGAUCAAUUUUUCUUCUUGUUCUUGUUGUUCUCUUCUUCCUCCUCCUUCUACUCUGUCUGCUUUUUCUUUUUAUCCUUCUUUCUUUCCUCUUUGUAAUUCAAUGUAAUGCAGUUAAACUAGUAUGGGCCCACCCCACAUUUUCACAGGAUGGAUUUAGUGUAAGAGUUCAGUAGGGGCAUACAUUAGGGGAUUGUAGGUUGGUAAAAAGGAUAGGACUUUAAAACUGGUUACAGGGAAUGAGGUAGAGAAAUUGAAGAUGACCUUUGUUUUUGAGCCUCUGUCUGAGAAGAUUGUUAUAGAGAAGUUAGGAAUAGAGAAGAGUUGGAGAGAAAGAUAAUGAAUUGUAUUUUGGUCCAGGUCAUCCAAAUGGUUCUGAAUAAAGCUACCAUUUAGCCAAUAUCUCUACUACUUUUCCACAAGCAUGUCUAUGAAGAUAUUUUUAAAUGCUUUGAUGAAAUCUAGGUGUCCUUUCUACAACAUCCUCUGGAUUUAGGUUAGUCUAGUCAUUUAGUGAGAAAAAGGAAAAGAAAUCUAUAUGGCAUGGCUUGCUCCUGUCAUAGUUAUGGUGGCAUUUAGCACCCACUCCUUCAUUUUCUAAAUGCUUUCAGAAAACCUGCCCUUAAUCCUGUAUUUGAGAAUUCUUCUAGAAAUAAAAGUCAAAUUCACUGGUUUUCUGAUUCCAUUCCAAUUGCUUUUGAGAAAAAUUGGAACAUUUGUCUUUCUGUAGUUCCAUGGCUCCUUUCCCAUUUUGGAAGUAACAGUAACAGCAGCAAGAAUAGUACAUGUAGAAGUCAGCUAGGUGGCACAGUAGACUGAGUCAGACCUAGAGACAGUAGUUCUUAGGUUCAAAUGUAGCCUCAUUUCCUGGCUAUGUAUCUCUAGGCAAAUUACUUAAUCUCUGCGUAGCCCUUACUAUUCUUCUUCAAGGGUAUAAAAAUACAAUAAUACAUGAAAUUAAUAUAAAAGUUUUCCACAACACAGCACCUAGCACAUUGUAUGUGCUAAUUAAUACUUAUUGUCAGACUCAUGACUGAUUUUACAUACAUGAUCUCAGCAAUCAUACUUUCCACAUCUUAAAUACCAGGAAGCCCCUCUCCUUCCCUCAUUGCUGCUAACGUCUUCCUCUUUCAGUUUCCCUUCCAUGUAUUCUGUAUGGAUCUUGUACGUUUAAGCACAUGAUGUUACCCCUGUUAGGAUGUAACCUCUUAGAUGGUAGAGGUUCCUUUUGUCUAUUCUGGAAUUCUCAGAAUUUAGCACAGGGUUUGGCACAUAGGAAACAUUUAAAUGCUUAUUGAUGGUUUGGAUCAUAUAGCAUCUCUAAUGGAGAUCGGUGUAAGUCUCCACUUGCCUUUGUCCUGAGAUGAAACAUUAAUAUUAGCAGAGUGUCUGUCCACUUUGAUCACAUUGGAUUGUUGCACCUAUCUUGCAUAGAAGAUCACUACCUAUCAAGUUAGAAGGACAUUCAAGAAUCAAGAGAAAAGUGUGAUCAAUGGUGAGAGGACCAAGUUUUACCAUUUUUUAAUUUUAAUUUUAUGAAACCUUUGAGUUUCUUCUGUGGCUCCUUUGACUUGUACAGACCCCAAGAUGAAACUGUUCUCUGGUGAUGUUUUGAGAACUGAUCUUGUGGCACCAGUAUCUCUCAAAGCUCUGUAUAUCUCAUUUCCUACUGUUAUCAUUACUUGUGGCUCCCAAUUUUCUGUAUCUUGAUUGACUUGAACCAUAGGUGCUUGUAACACAGUUUUUAUCAUGUCCCAUUCUUGGUUUGAAUUGGAUGAUGUUUGUUCUAGCUCUGGACUAUCAGGUUUCAAUGUGUUUUGAGUUUGCAAUGGGUUCCUUUCUCCAUUUGUGCUGGUUGGUACUUCGAUGUUGUUAUUAUAACUGUUUCCUUCAUUGAGUUGCAAAAUGUUGUUUGAUUCAGAUUUCUCUGUAUAUGUAUUGUUAGUAAUUAUGUUAAGAUCUUGUGUGUGAUUUGUUUGUGACCAUGGUAAAGGUAAACAUUCUUCUGCUUCCCUGAACAUGCUUUGCAGAAGCUGUACAAAGUCAAACCCAGGGAAAGCUUGCAUUUGAGGAAUGCAUAUAUCUGUGAUGGCAAUGCAUGAUUGAUUUAAGCUUCCCUUCCCUUAGGUCCUUCUGGUACAGAUGUUGUGUAGAUUAUAGAGAGUCAGGGAUUGUGAAGGUAACAUUUUGAUCUAGUUUGAAUGUACAGGCAACAAAGUUUUGGUAUUGCUUGACUUUGUGUCUAUUUCCCUUGCUUGCUCUGUUUCCUUUCUUUUCCUUGCUUUCUCUUGUUUGUACAUUCUUUUGGAUUAAUUCCUCAGUUUGAUUGAUAGUUAAGCAAGUGGAGUUACUUUCAGUUGGAGACUUCUCUCAAAGAUCAGAAGCUUGGAGUUGUAGCAUUGUUUAAAUAGAAUUGUUCUCUGGAGAUGGUUUGGGGUAAAACUCUUUGACUUCUGGAGUGAGGUUUGAAUGUAUUGAUAUGUCAAAGGCAUUGUCUUCCCCCAUAAAAAUCUCUACCAUUUCUCCAGGAGAUCUUGUUUCUCUGCUUAACUCUAUAUUUCUUUCCUUUCCAAGGGUCACUUUUAAAGUCUGAUUUUCAGUUUAUUUUUCCUGGCAGUUGCAGUUUGUAUGAGAAACUGCUCAGAACACUCAGUUAAGUUUGUUUCUUGAACUAAUGUAGUUUCUGGUACUCUAUAUUUUGCAAUUUCCCUAUCAUUGUUAAUCAAAACUGUUGCUAUAUUUGAUGUUGUCUGUUGUAAGAACAUUUUUGUAUUUUUCUUGUGUUUUAGAAUCUUUUGCUUCUAUCCUAUAUACCUUAUAUUUGAUUUCUGUUACAUUCCUUAAAAUCUGCUGUUCUUCCUCUAUUUGCUCUUCAGUUUUAGUUUGUCCUUCAUCAUCCACAUCGUCUAUUUCCAAGCCCCAAACAUUUAUAUGUUGUUUCCCAUGUUUAGAUUUAGUCUUGCACCCCUUAAAUUUUCUUUUGUGUGCAAAGGCUGGAACCUGGCUUCAUAAUUCUGCAUUAUGUCCUGCAACCAUGCUCAAAUAACAUGGCUUUGCUCCCUGGGCUAUAGCUUCUUGCAUGCUCUUUAGAUCUGGCCAUUGUCUAUAUAUUUUACAAUUGUGAUCACAGGACCUGCUUGACUUGUUUGAAUUGUUAAUGUUUUUCGUGUUGUAGUUAUUAUAGUUCCUGUUUCUGUUGUUGUUUGGUUUCAAGUUUAAUUGAGUCUUAUAGUGGCAGAAUUUGACAAUAUGUCUGAAUUUUCCACAUAGGAGACAUCUUUUAUUAGUGUUGUUAUAGUAGUAUGAGUUUCUUGGUUGUCUAGGCUGUUAAUUUUUAUAUCUAGGUCUAAAGACUUGGAGAAUAGCUAAUGAUUUCACUUUCUCGAUUUCCCUAAUUUUUUUUUGUUUUCCUUUGCAUCCUUUAAUUGAUGCUUUAAAUCUUUGAUGAUCUGGUCUUUUUCUUUUAGAGUCUAUUUGGAGUCAAUGAUUUCUUGGGAUCCUUCAUGAACAUAAGAUGCAGUUUUAUGAAGGUACUCAGUGUUGAGAUUUUACCAACCUGGACAAUGUAAUUUGAAAUAUGUCCUGAUAGGUAGGGAACUGCCUUUAAUGAAUUGCUUCCUGAUGUCCUGGAGGUUAUUUUCUGACCAGUUCUGAAACCCCAGUAAAGUUUCCCCAUUUUCUAGCAACUGAUCAAGGAAUGCAGAAGGAUGGUCUGUUUUUUCUUCCUUUAUGUUUUCAAAUUCCCUCCAUGAGUCAGGAUUCUUGGUGAAAACUUUCAUAGUCUCCACCAAGUUCUCUCUAGCCUUUCUUAAAUGAACUAAAUUUGAAUGGUUGUAAAGUUCCAGGUCCUCAAAAUGCUCUGGCUGUGAUAUGAGAUUAGGGUUACUUCUAGUCUCUUGAGUGAAUUUUACUUUUUCUGCUGGAGUAAACAUCUCCAAAAGAAGAAUUUCAAUGUCCAAGAAUGUCAGAUCAAAAAUUUUGAUCAAAUGUUUGAAUUCUCUUAUGACCUUCAAAGGGCUCAGGAAAAAUCAGGUGUCCUUUUUUUCAGAUUUUCUAGAUCUGAGGGAGAGAAAGGUUUAUGGGUCUUUGAAUGAACGAUGCCAGAAUCUGGUUGUAUUAAGGCCUGAUUGUAUAUGGGUAGGAUAGAUACUGGAUUCUCUAUCUCCUCUUUAGCUAUUUGCACUUCUGCCUUUAUCUCUUUUACAGUUUGUGUUGCCAUGUCUAGUGUUUGUUCCUCCUUGUGAUUUUUCAUUCUCUAUUUUUUUUCUAAUUGAGUUAUCUUUUAUUUUAGUGUCAGGUUCUGUACCUUAUUAUCUUCCUUUUGCCCAAGUAUUUUCUUGAUUAGAUUCUUUAGACAGUAAUAGAACUAUUGGAAAGGUAAUAUGGCUGCAAAAAUUAUAGGCAAAAAUGAAAAGACUUGUUCCAGUUCUAUUUUUUAGUCAUUUAUAUGAGUCAUAAAUGGCUAUGAUUCCUAAUAUGUAUUGUGGAAUCUCUUAUACCCAUAUGCCAUACAGAAUUGAUCAAAAUUUAUAUAUCAAAAGAUGCUGCUGAAUAUGGCAAACAGCAUUGUUAUUAUAGACUUUUCCAGUGUUUUGUAUAUCCCUGUCUGAUUUUGUACUAUCCGUGUUGCUUUCCCUUUAAAUUUUCUUCUCUGAGAUGUUUGGACCUCUUAGGCUACCAUAGUGAGUGGAAAAACAAAAUGUCUACCUCCUGCUUCUCCCCUGAGCAAUGUUUAAUUCUUGAAAAAUAAAUUUCUAUUAUCUUAUAGCAGGUUUCCUCCUAAAAUUCGCUCAGCGAACUGCAAGUUUUGGGGGACUCACUCCUUGGAUUGAUGUGUGGAGUGAUGGAGAAAUGAGGAUUGAAGGCAGUGAGGAAAGAGCUGAUGAAAAUGGCUUCCCUCACUACUCCCUCCCAGAAUCCCUGAAUUACUUGAAGGAGACACAAUGGAAAUCUCCCCUUGUUGAAGGCCUGUCCCCUUGUGGCCAUGCUGGCAGGGAAGUCUCCUCUACAAGGAGAGGAAUGUGGGACCUUAAUCCAGAUAUGCACUGUUUUGGAGAGCUCAAAAGCCUCCCUGUCCUGUCUUCCUGAAAGCUCCCAACUAAAUGGAGUCUGCCAAUGGGCUUACUCUCUAGAUGUAAAUAAAUGAGAUUGAAUUCACUAUCUGACUGCUUAUUUGAUUUAAUUGUUGAUUGGGGCAAAAGGUAAAGAUUAGAGGGAUUAGAGGGGUUGCCCUAAAUCUCUUUCUAAAUAAAUCUAA